AUGUCAGGAUUGGAUCUAAGUCAAGUUAGGAAACAAUUAGACGCCGUUUUCAGUGGGUCCGUUGAGAGGGCUGUAUCCGCUCGUGUAGAGAGAAUACAAAGAGAAAUGAUGCGGCAUGCGACUGCGGUGGUACACCUGAGCCAAGCAACGAACAGACGGCGCAACCAGUAUCGGUGGACCCGCCCCGCACCACCACCGCCAAGACGACUACCAUCCGCCUCCGCACCGUCAGCAGGCAGCGCACCGCCACCCCCGUUAAUGGGGGUGAAUGUCCAACCGCCGAACCAACCACAGAAUCAAGCCGGAAAUCCCCAGAGCAACCACCAAGUCCCUCCCGAACAACACUUCAACCAGACACCUUAUCCUUACCCGCAUCCUUACCCAAAUCAGCAUUUAAUACAUCCCUAUCACCAAUAUUUACUGCAGCACCACAUGUUCCCGUUCCAGUACACCCACCCAUAUACACCCUGA